GUUUUUUUUAGUAUUAAUAAUUAAUAAGUUAUCACUUUUAAAAUCUCAUGUAACACGUUUAACCUAGUGUUUACAAAGUUCUAAUUUAAUAGAUUAACGCACUUAUGAUUAACAUAUAAAUAUUUAUGUUUAAGAAGAUUUGCUUAUUUCAAAGGAUAAUGACGAAAUUACUGGAAUGGGUGUCCGCAGCAUCUGCAUUCUUUGCAAUAUGGUACUCCUUAAUUGGUGGAUAUGUGAAACAUCCAAUUAUCGAAAAUAAUAUGGAUCUUAUUCUUAUUUCACCUAUUAUUUUUUUGAUACUGUUUGGGGUUUAUGCUGUAACAGUUGUUUUAUACCGAGUAUUUACUUUUAAUAAUUGUGAAGCAGCAUUUUUGGAACUACAGAAGCAGAUCAAAGAAGCUAAUACAGAAUUAACUGCAAAAGGACUGAAAUGGUAGCUUGUAAGUAUAGUAAAUGAAGUUUUAAAUGUUUUUAUUUUUUAUUAAAAAACAGCCUGACUAUUAUUUUGGAACCUUGAAAAUAACUAAAAUAGACCUAUAUGUAAAAAAUAUAUUAUUAUUGUAAAAUAAUGACUACACAAAGCUGUAUACACUCACUUUUUGUAAAAAAAAAUGUUAGUACUUUAUUUAAAAAUUUAAUACUGCUGUUGAAAAGUUGGGCUGAAAUUAAUAUUUAUAUAAAAAAAUUGAUAGGAAACUUGUAAGAUUCCAUAAAUUUUGCAUUCCAUGUGUUAUUAUUAUCUAUACAUAAAAGCAGCCAUAGUGCUCCUGGUCAAAUUAUAGACUAAAUACAUUUUUUGUAGCUAUCAACAACAAAUUAUUGUUGUAUGUAUGGAUUAUAAAAUGGAUUAAGUAAAUAAAAAACAUAAGUAAGAAAUA